AUGGCUACCGUCAACAUUCGCCGGGAUAUCACCGAUCCCUUCUAUCGCUACAAGAUGGAGAAAAUCCAGUCCAAGAUCGAGGGCAAGGGCAACGGUAUCAAGACCGUCAUUGUCAACCUCAACUCGGUGGCCCAGUCUUUGAGCCGUCCUCCUGCCUAUGUCAUCAAAUACUUUGGCUUUGAGCUCGGUGCUCAGGCCAACGCCAAGCCAACCGAUGAACGUUGGAUCAUCAACGGUGCCCACGAUGCCACCAAGCUCCAGGACUAUCUCGAUGGGUUCAUUUCCAAGUUUGUGCUUUGCAAGAAGUGCAAGAACCCCGAGACCGACGUCAGCAUCAAAGACGACAAGAUUAUCCUGGAUUGCAAGGCCUGCGGUCAGCGCUCCGAUGUCGACCCCCGCCUCAAGCUGAGCACCUUCAUCGUCCGUAAUAACCCCAAGGGAGGCAAAAAGGAAAAGAAGGACAAGAAGGCUCGCCGUGAGGCCAAGAAGGCCCAAGCCAACGGAGACCACGAUGCUAGCCCCGGUGACAGCAAUGGUUCGGAACACGAUGACGAGAACGGCGAUGACGCUCUUGAGGCUGGAAGCGAUGAUGAGGUGACCCGCCAGGCCCAGGCCAUCGAGGCGGAAGUCGAGAUCAAGGACGACGACUGGGCCGUCGAUGUCUCCGAGGAGGCCGUAAAGGCUCGCGCCAAGGAUCUCCCCUCGGACCUCAAGCGCUCUCUUGUUCUUGAGGAUGCUGACGACAACGAGGCCGAUGGCCCCUCGUCGUACGAGCAACUCGGUAGCUGGAUUGUCGAGACUGCUGCCGAGAAGGGCGGCGUGGCCAACGUUGACGACAUCGACAUCUACAAGAAGGCCAAGGAGUUCGGUAUCGAGUCCAAGCACAAGACCUGCGCCGUCCUGGCUCAGAGCAUCUUUGACGACAAGAUUGUCAAGCAGAUCGGGGCCCGUGCUGGUCUCCUCAAGACGCUCAUCACCUCUGAGCGCCACGAGAAGGCUUUCCUCGGCGGUACCGAACGUUUCGUCGGUCAGGACCACCCGGCUCUGAUUGCCCAGAUCCCUGCCAUUCUCCUUGGCUACUACCAGAAUGAUCUCGUGAGUGAGGAGACCCUCAAGGCAUGGGGUUCCAAGACGAGCAAAAAAUACGUCGAUAUCUCUACCAGCAAGAAGAUUCACAAGGCUGCCCAGCCCUUCCUGGAGUGGCUGGAGACUGCGGAGAGUGACGACGACGAGGAGAGCGAGGACGACGAGUAG